AUGCUGACCGAAAUCCUCGCAAGGCUGCGGGCGAAAUCCCUCCUCCGCUUCCGGUCGGUGUCGAGGUCGUGGGACUCCCUCCUCACAUCCCCGCUGUUCAUCGCCCUCCACCUGAGCCGCUCGAUCGCUACCCGCAGCUCCUCCUUCAUCCUCCUGAGGCACUACUGCCUCAACCGCCGGCGGGACAUCAAACACUGUCUACCGCGACGGCCACGGAUGUCUCGCCAAGAGCAGGAUCUAGACUUCCCGAUCAGAACCUACGACUUUUACUACUACAUCAGCGCCUGUAAUGGUCUCCUCUGUCUCACCGACUACCGCAUCAAGCACCCCAAGAUUGUCCUGUGGAACCCGUCGGACCAGAACCUGCUUUCAGGUGCCCAUCUCAGCUCCGAGGACGCCCACCGACGUUUACGCGUUUGGGAACGAUCAAAGACCAGAUCCCACCCCGUAGUUGAAGUAUUCGUGCUGGGAACGGACCGGUGGAGGGAAGUCGAUAUAGAUGUCCCAUACGUGGUGCCGGAAACAUCUCUGGCCGUCAUUCACGGCACUAUCCAUUGGAUCGGAUACAGGCUUGACAACAACUCAGUGAUCAUCACCGUAUUCGAUGUGCACGAAGAGGUGUUUCGAGAAAUCAAAAUACCAAGCAGCAUAAUAUACCCGAGCAUGGAUUGA